AUGGCACUGCGCGAUGUCGACUCCAUCUCUCAAACGGCCAGGGACGACGAGAAAGUCGACCUCGAAAAGGCCAUUGGCGACUGGAUCUCAGAUGGAGAAAAGGAAUCAAACCCGGCAACUGUCUCUAUUGACGCCGAGUCUGACGACGAUGCACGCAGCAUACAUAGCAUAGGCAACCAAACCAACGUCCUGUCCAGCAAACGGCUUCUCGUGGCAUUUCCUACACUUUCAAUCGCCCUAUUCGUGUCUUUCAUUGACCAGACAAGCGUGUCAACCUCCAUACCAGCCAUAUCCGCGGACCUCAACACCGGAACUGCGACAUCAUGGAUUGGCGGGUCUUUUCUGAUCUCCUCGACCGCAUUCCAGCUCAUUAACGGACGCUUGAGUGAUAUAUUCGGCCGCAAGAACUGUUUACUGAUAUGCCUAGCUUUAUUGGGAAUCGGCGAUUUGCUAUGUGGAUUCGCAAAAAGCAAAGAAGUUCUCUUCGCAUUUCGAGCAAUUGCUGGGAUCGGAGCUGGAGGUGUGAAUAGUGUGGCGAUGAUCAUCGUCAGCGAUAUUACAACGCUCGAAAAUCGAGGAAAGUUUCAGGGUAUACUUGGAGCCAUCAUAGCUCUUGCUAACGGGACUGGUCCAUUCAUUGGCGGCGCGCUGGUGGAGAAAACAACAUGGAGAUGGGUCUUUUGGAUUGUUCCAAUGCUUGCAAUCCCCGCCGCUCUAGUUAUCUUUUUCUUCCUUCCGCUGAGACAUGACUCUGGUCACUAUGCCGCAAAAGUCAAGAAAAUCGAUUUUGGAGGGGUGGUGUUGAAUUUGGCGUCCGUGUUAUUGAUACUUAUCCCCCUUUCUGGAGCUGGGGCGACAUAUGCAUGGGACUCCGCAUUUGUGAUUGCUAUGCUCACUGUGGGCUUAUGUCUCGCGAUAGGAUUCGUUCUUUAUGAGUGGAAGAUAGCUCCUAUACCAAUCAUGCCUGUGCACUUGGUUCGUUAUCCACAUUGCCCGAUGCUUUAUCUUCAGAAUUUCUUCACUGGCAUUUGUUUCUUCGGCAACUUCUUCUAUCGUAGUAUCUACUUCCAAUCAGUAUUAGCAUUUUCUCCCUUAGAAUCUGGCGCUCUAAUGCUACCCCUUAUCAUUCUUACCUCUAUCACUUCCAUUCUCUCAGGCCAAUUCAUGUCCCGUAAAGGCCGUUACAUGCCAGUCGUCGUCAUCGGCUUUGCAAUUUGGACGAUUGGCACUGGGCUUAAAUGUGCAUUCUCUCGAUCUACCAAGCUAUGGAAUAUCAUCAUCGUCCUUCUUAUUGAGGGAUGUGGCAUCGGGUGCACGCUACAGCCGACUCUUGUCGCGAUCCUUGCAAAUUCACGAGCUGAAGACCGUGCCGUCUCAACCGGUCUCCGAAACUUUCUCCGAACAGUCGGCGGUGCGUUCGGGUUAAUUGUGUCCGGUGCAAUUCUCUCGAAUACCCUCCGCACGCGUCUAUCCAGUCUCCCAUUUAUGUCAAGCAGACAGCUUGAGAGCCUCACAUCGUCAACAUACGGACUCAAGGAGCUGAAUCUAACGAUAGAGGAGACCAACUUGGUGUUGGGUGCGUAUAUGGACGGGCUGAAGUAUAUCUUUAUCAUGUAUUGCGCCAGCGCGGGUGCUAAUUUCCUGAUGUGUGCGGGGAUUGGAAAUACGGAUCUAAAAACGAAGCCCAAACCCGUCGACACUCCGACUGAGCAUGAAAGCGGAAACUCCGAGGAGCUGGAUGAUAGCCCUAUGAAUCAUGGCAGUGCGACUGUCGAGAAAGAGACCGCACAGGUGAACUUGAAUGAUGAGAAGAGCAUAAAGCACGAGGCAACCUGAGGAGAUAUUUAAAAUCGCGGCAUUUCCAGAGCAUUUCCUCUCAUGAGGCAUGCAAAAAUGGCUGAGCAUUUAAAGUGCGAUAUGCAUUUACGGAGUUGCAUAGAUUUAGUACAUACACAUGGUGCAUGAGAAUGACUUCACGAUAAGAGGAAUUUGACCGCCUCACGGCUGGAGCUAUAUAUGCAUCCCAAAUUCAUC